CGUUCUUUGACUGUCUCCAAGAGUCUUUGUCAUACAGCGACCGACCAGUUCUUGCGCCCCUCAUGGGCCCCGUAUCUGUCAAAAAGCUCUCGGAUCAACGGGAUAGCAUUCAGGUCUGUAACACUACAACAUCACCAAGCCCAUUUGUCGCGCUUGGUCUCUUUCUUAUUUAUGAUGCACAAUCGCUCGUCGACACUCGUAACAAUGAUGGUAUCACCGUGAAACGGCUCUUCAUGUUGGCUAUGGAUCACUAUAACAGGCUUCUUGGUAGCGAACGCCAUUUGAUAGAAACUUUGAACCAGACGCUAGAAACACAGAACCAAGAAUACCAACGCAUAUGGAAGCUCGUUGUCAGCAAAGCACCCAACUGUCGACCUAACAGCGCUUAUAUCGCAGGCAUGGAAUUACGAUUCUAGGAGAAAAGGGAGGCUUAACGAAAAAGAAUGAGCUGGGUAGAAUGUUUGUCCCAGGGGAAAGAGGCCGGGAUAGUUGAUUACAAAAACGCUGAUACUCUUCGUAUUCAGUUCACAAAGUAUAUAAGUAAACAACAAUCACUCUAGAUAUCAACCUACUUACACUUUCACUCUUAUCCGAUCCUAACGUACCAUACCCUCUUGUAUUAGUCAUACCAUGACAAAAAUUACAUAUUGCUAUACAACUAUAUUUGAC